AUGGAGAGAGUAGCAUCAACUGAGUGGCUGGAACCGCAUUCGUCACCAGACGCAACCUCUGUGCCAAGUCGAGCAGCUACAGUUCGCUUAAGGUUGACAAAAGCGCUCUCCUUUGGCUCGAUGACGUCAUCUGCUGCCACUGAGCAGCGAUGUACCGACUUGAACGAGCUCGACAUGGAUGUUGCAGCUGCUGACGGUGUCUUGGCACUCGAUAGCACGUCUGGCGAGUAUUCGGGAUGGGUUCACGUUGCAACGUCUCGACCUGGUCGCAUGACGUUUGUGAAACGCUAUUGUCGACUGGUGGAACUCGUGUGCAGGUUUUACGCCUCAGUCGAAGACGCAGAGCAAGGCUUGGUGCCUGUUGGUCGCCAUGUCGUUAUUUCCGUGCAUCGAGUGCAGUCACGGAAUAAAACAUUUGCAUUCAUGGACUAUGAAGACCGCACGGUGCUGCUCCAUACGUGCAUGGGGGCAGACUUUGAGCAUUGGUACGGCACUUUUGCUGCAAUGGUCAAGGUGACUCAGGUGGCGAAAGCUCGACAGGAGAAGGGAAGCGCUCGUCGAGCAACGACCGAGCUAUCAAAAGAAGCCACGAGACUUCAAGUGGUGCUGCAAAGAGCUUACCGGUUACGGGCCUUGACGGCACCGAUGCUGUCAAGUAGAGUGGGAUGGAACCUUCACGAGCCGGACGAGUUACCGUCGGUUUUAAUGGAUGAAGAAGACUUGGAACGCACUCAUACUGUGUGGCUGUAUGUCCACGUUCCAUGGUGGCAGCACUUGCUCCAGCGACGCCAGCGAGUGCGACGGUAUUUCGUGUUUUCAGGUACCAACGUGAGCUGCUUUAGUGUGAACAAGGAAGGCAAACGCGCCAUGUUUACGCACAUCAUCACCGCGUGCACUUAUGACAGUGAGCAGGACCCGACUGUCAUCGAGGUCGAAUGUGGUUAUCCAAACAGGAAGCUGCGACUUAGCAGCAGCACGAACGACGCGGAAAGUGCAGUAGCUGCAACGGCAAAGUACAUUCAAGGAGUUCUUGCUAGUCAAACGGGAUAA